CUGAGGAAGUGAGACGUCGGUGCACUUUCCUGCAUGUGUUUGGUGCUCGGGCUGUCAAAAAUGAUUGUUCCGUUGCUUUUUUGUGCGGUUUUGGCCUUUUUUGUCUUUAAAUAUGUCUACGGAGGCUCCGGGCCCAACCCGUUUGAGAAGGACACGCGCGAGCCGUUAAAGAAGAUGGUUCACGACAAGAAGGAAAAAAAUAAAGUGUUGAAGCAAGGUUUCGUGGCCAGUAAGGUCCCAGAGAACCUCGAUGCGAUCAUCAUCGGCAGUGGCGUCGGUGGACUCGGACUUGCUGUCCUGCUGGCUAAAGUUGGGAAGCGAGUUUUGGUUCUGGAGCAGCACGACCGAGCCGGAGGAUGCUGCCACACUUUCACUGAGAAGGGCUUUGAGUUUGACGUUGGAAUCCAUUACGUGGGCGAGCUUUCAGAGAACACGCCGUUCUACUGCACGUUGGAGCAGAUGACUAACGGACAGCUGCAGUGGGAGCCUCUGGAGAACCCGUUUGACAUGGUGUUGCUGGGACCACCAAAAAACCGCCGUUGCUACCCCAUCUACAGCGGCAAGGCUCGCUUCACCGAGGAGCUGAAGAAGCGCUUCCCUGGAGAGGAGAAGGCCAUCGAUGACUUCACCCGCCUGUCCCUGACAACCGGCAAUGGGAUUUGGAUAGUGGCUAUGCUGAAGCUCAUGCCCGUCAUGGUGGCAAAGCUCUUGAUCAGCAGUGGCCUCCUCAAAUACGUGUCCACCUUCUACAAGAUGGCUCCCCGCACCUUAGCAGAUGUGGUCAACGAGUUGACUGCCAACAAAGACCUGCGGGCCGUUUUAACUUACAUCUUUGGCACCUAUGGAAACCCGCCCAAAGAUGCCAGCUUUUCCAUGCACAGCCUGAUCACCGCUCACUACAUGCGCGGCGCCUGGUACCCCAAAGGUGGAUCAAGUCAGAUUGCCUAUAACAUGAUCCCCAUCGUUGAGAAGGCAGGGGGCGCCGUUCUUGUUAGAGCCCCAGUCAACCGCAUCUUAUUCAACAGUGCACAGGAAGCUUGCGGUGUGAGUGUGUUGAAAGGUCAGGAGGAAGUUCACAUCCACGCCCCUAUGGUCAUCUCGAAUGCAGGCAUCUUCAACACCUAUGAGAAAUUGCUGCCCAAGGAGCUCCAGGCCACGCCAGCCAUCCAGAAGCAGCUCAGUAUGGUGAAGCACGGUGGCAGUGGCCUGAGCAUCUUUCUGGGCCUAAAUGGAACCAAGGAAGAGCUGGGCCUGAAAGCAGACAACUACUGGAUUUUUCCUGAUAACAAUUAUGAGGAAAUGCUGGACAAUUAUUUCAGAGGAGACAGGGAGGAGUCUUGUAAGAACCUGCCUGUGCUGUUUGCGUCCUCACCGUCCGCUAAAGAUUCCACCUGGAAUGAGAGAUCUCCAGGAAAGUCCACCAUGACGCUGGUCAGCUUUGCCCCCUUUGAGUGGUUCGAGCAGUGGAAGGACGAGAAGGUGACCAACAGGAGUGCCGACUAUAAAGCGCUGAAGCAGAAGUUCAUUGACGCCGCUCUGGAGGUGGUUCUGGAAGUGUUCCCCAAGAUCACCAGAGAUAAGAUUGAGUACAUUGAUGCUGGAACCCCACUAACAAACAUGCAUUACAUUGGAGCCCCCAAAGGUGAGGUCUACGGCAUAGAUCACGGCAUGACUCGCUUUGAUCCCGAGUUCAACACUUUGAUGAGACCUCAGACUCCUCUGAAGAAUCUCUACCUGACAGGCCAGGAUUUGUUUACGUGUGGAUUUGGCGGCGCCCUCGCCGGAGCCCUGUCCUGCGGCUCGGUCAUUCUCAACCGCAACCUCCACCUGGACGCCAUCGCUCUGGCGAAGAGAAUGAAACAUCUCAGCAAGAAGAUGAAAGGAGAAUAAAGGCUGAUUUACUCUUGUUCGUCUGCGGUGCCAUGACACAAAAAAGUAGAACAUUUAUUUGGGGGGGGGGGUAUCAGACACUCAACAGAGACGAUGUAAACUAAACGGCCGGUCGUGAGAUGGACUCAUGGAUGUGAUCAUUAGUGUAGUGCAACACACUGAACGUUUUCAAAAUAAAUAAUAAUUAAUAAUAAAAUAAAAGUAAAUAAAAGUACAUCUCAAAUAACAAUAAUCAUAACUUGAUGCUUAUUUCCAGAGAAAUUCAGUCAUUCCAGCGUUUCAAAUCUGCAUGUUUACUGUUUUAAGUGUUACAUUGUUGGGUAAUUUGGACAGUUUAAUGACUCCAAUCAUACUUUGAUCUAAAAAAUUAUGAUGAUGCCGUUUUUAGCCAAAUCAAAAUAACUUGUUUUCUAGCACAUAGUGGUUGCAUAGCAACUAGGGUUCAUUAGAAAUUUGUCUCUGAGUUGUGGACGGGACUGUUUGCAUGGUGUAAGUCCUCCCCCACUUCCCAUCAUCCACUGCCAGCUAACCACAACCAACCUAACGUUACCCGUGCAACAAAAAUGUUUUCCAUCAUCAGAACAUGUCAAAAACAAAAUUCUUUUCAUUGUAGUAGUUUUUUGAUGUUUUACUUUGUGCCUAAUUUUGUUAUUAUUUACAUCCUGUAGAAAUAAACCCGAAUUUAAUAUAUAA